AUGGAAACAUUUGCUGAUCUAGACGCCAAGGAUGCUAAUUUGAUGCUUGGAUCGCUAAUAUUGUUUUUUGCAACUGGAUGGUUAUUCUACACAAAGCAAUUAUUCAAAAACUAUGAAGUUCACAAUCGAACGGUGCAAGUGAUUUUCUCAUUAACAUUUGCAUUUUCUUGUAGCUUAUUUGAACUUAUUAUUUUCGAAAUUGCUGAUGUCAUGGCUCCAUUGUAAGUUAACUUUUUUCUCAUGAAAACUCGAAAAGUUACCAAAUCAAAUUUUCAGAUCUCGAACUCGAUGUUGGACAUUUUGUUUAUCCCUUAUUCUAAUUACACUUGUUGUAGUAAUUCCAAUUUAUAUGGCAUUUUUGGCUGUUCGUGGUAUAUCAUUUAUCAAGCCGAAACUUCAUAUUCCACUUUCUCUCGGCUGUUGGUUCAUUUUCAUAUAUUUUUUCUGGAAAAUCGGAGAUCCAUUUCCAAUUUUGAGUCCUCAACAUGGAAUUUUUACAAUUGAACAAGUUAUUUCUCGAGUUGGUGUGAUUGGAGUCACAAUUAUGGCUGUAUUAUCUGGUUUUGGUGCUGUAAAUGCGCCAUAUUGUUAUAUGACAUUAUUCACAAGGCCAGUCGAAGAAGUUCAUAUUUCACAAUUAGAGAAAAAGUUGAUGCAUACUCUUGAUAUGAUUGUUUUGAAAAAACGAAGAGUUGCCAGAUAUGAACUUGAAAUAAGUCGAUCAAAUGCUUCUAAACAACAGAAAGAUACAAGUUUUUUCGAAAGAGUUUGGGGAAGUUUCAAUGAUAGAAGUAAUGGACCAACACUUCAAACACAAAUCGAGUAGGUUCAAUUCAAACGAUAUUUAUUCAUUUAUUUAUUUUCAAAAUUUCAGACGAAUCAAAGAUGAAAUAAUUCCGCUGGAAACUUUGAGCCGAUUUCUAUUUCUCGAUUUAGUCGAACUUCGACAAAUGCUAAAUCGCGUAGAAUUCAGCAAAACAUAUAUGGGAAUUUAUUUCAAUGUUCUCGGGCAUUUUUUCUCAAUUUAUUGCAUUUGGAAAAUCUUCAUUUCCUUCAUCAAUAUCGUUUUUGAUCGUGUUGGCAAAGUUGAUCCAGUCACAAAAACAAUUGAAAUUGGAGUUCAUUAUGUUGGAAUUGAUUUGGAUAUCUCAUUUUGGUCUCAAUAUAUUUCAUUUUUUCUUGUUGGUGUGAUUGCUCUAACUUCGAUUCGAGGACUUCUUAUAACUAUGACUAAAUUCUUUGUUUCAAUUAGUAAUGCGACUUCAUCAAAUAUCAUUGUUCUUGGGAUGGCUCAAAUUAUGGUGAAUUCAAAAUUUCAAGAACUUGAAUUUUAUUUUCCAAUUUUUCAGGGAAUGUAUUUCGUAUCAAGUGUUUUAUUGAUGAGAAUGAAUGUUCCUUUGAAUUAUAGGUGAGUUGAUUUUAUUCUCAAAACCUUCAAAUUCAAAAAUUUCAGACAAAUCAUUACACGAAUUCUUGGUGAUUUGAAGUUCAAUUUUUAUCAUCGCUGGUUUGAUGUCAUUUUUCUGAUCUCUGCAGUUUCAUCAAUUAUUUUUCUGAGCUUGUUGCACAAAUCGGGUCCUUCAAUAUUUCGUAAUUAA